GGACCCUUCUGCAGCCGCCACGACUGCUGGUGUGGAUGGGGGUUCUCAGGCCGAUGCGGCCAUGAAGAAAAAGAAGGCUGGAAAUGGGACGAGCCCUCCGGCUAAAAAGCAGAAGAAGGAAGGGGAUGCCCCCUGGUGAUCAUGGAGGAGCAAUCCUCUUCCGAGCCUCCAGCCAAGACUACGUCGACGGCCCCCUCCGGCUUUCCUUUAGGGAAUGUCCCUCGGGAGACCUUGCAGCUCUCCCUCGUCAAGGGGUCCGCCGUGACGCAUGGUACUGUUGAGCCGAAGGCAUUCCUCCUCGGCAUGACUUCGGAGUUGGAUAGGGCGGCCCUCGGUAAGUAUGACGAUGCCACCCUCGAGAACAAGAUCCUCUGGUCCUCCCUGACUGCUUGCAUAGCCCUCGGGGAACAGGCCCACAGGCUUGAGGAGUGGCGCCUCCAGAAGGUCCCGCAGGAGGAGUCCAUGAAGAAGCUCAUCCGCGACAAGGAUGCUGCCCUUCGGGAGAUGUGCAGGCUGGAGGAGGCCCUCUGACAGGCUACCGAGGGUGCAGAGCAGAGAGUGAAAUCCGCAGUGGAGGAGGCCAAGGCCGAAGUUGAGAGAAUAGCUGUCAAGGCUGCGAAGGAAGCUGCCGAGGAGGCCGAGAGGGCCAAGGCCGAAGCGGUGGCUGCUGCCGAGAAGUCUGCAGUUGAGAACUUUGUUGCCGGGGGCUGGACCACUGAGGGGAGGAAGGACUGGGUGUCCUCGGUGGUGGAAAAAGGUGUUGAUGCUUGGGUCGAAGGACCCGGGAAGAUGUGGCUAGCCGAGAAGGGUGAUUCCUUCUAUCAGGGAGGCGAAUUCUUCACCCAGCAUCUGAUCUACCGGAGGCUCGCCAGGCACUUCGGCAUUCCCCUUGAGCAAUUUGAUCCGGCGGCGUACGGUCUUCCCCCCUGCCGCCGGAUGUGAGAGUUCCCCUUCCUCCGGGCGAGGAGAGGCCGGUAAUCGAAGAUAGCAUGACGAUAGGGGGUCCGAGGAUGAAGAAGAGGCCGGAGGGGAUGUCUCCUCGAAGCCUGCUGAGGGGGUGCUGCUGAAGCUGACGAUAACCCUGUCCUUGUUGUAUAAUUCUGAACGUUUUUGUAUAAACAUUCCUGUAGCUUUCGGCUUCGGCCUUCAUGUAUGACAAUUUGCCUUUCUCUUUUUGUGAAUUGAU